UGUUGACGGAAGAGGCGGGGAGUGAAGCUCGCCGGGCGGAGACGGAAGCAGGAAGCCCGCCGCUGAGAGGGAAAGACUAGGAGCCCAAACAGGUCGCCGAAACCGAGCCGCCUCGCUCUGUUUUCCGCCCGUCGUUCGAGCCAGGCCCGCACCUGAGCCGCCGCCAUGUCCAACAUGGAGAAGCAUCUUUUCAAUUUGAAAUUUGCUGCCAAGGAGCUGAACAGAAAUGCAAAAAAGUGUGAUAAAGAAGAAAAGGUUGAAAAAGUCAAAAUUAAGAAGGCCAUUCAGAAGGGUAACACAGAAGUGGCAAGAAUCCAUGCGGAAAAUGCCAUCCGACAGAAGAACCAAGCGAUCAACUUCCUGCGCAUGAGCGCCCGGGUAGAUGCUGUGGCAGCAAGAGUGCAGACGGCCGUCACAAUGGGCAAAGUAACAAAAUCCAUGGCUGGAGUAGUUAAAUCAAUGGAUGCUACGUUGAAAAGUAUGAACUUAGAAAAGAUUUCUGCCCUGAUGGAUAAAUUUGAACAGCAGUUUGAAACCUUAGAUGUUCAGACAGCACAGAUGGAAGAUACCAUGAGCAGUACUACCACGCUGACAACACCACAAAACCAAGUAGAUAUGCUCCUUCAAGAAAUGGCUGAUGAAGCUGGGCUUGAUCUGAAUAUGGAACUACCUCAGGGACAGACAGGCUCUGUUGGCACAAGUGUUGCUUCAACAGAACAGGACGAGCUCUCACAAAGACUGGCACGUCUUCGUGAUCAAGUGUGAAGGGGAGCCAGAUCUGCAGCGUUGUACAUAUGCUUCCAGCUGCAUUCUCUGUACAUAUUUUGUGGCCUAACCAGGAUUUCUGUUGAGGUGUGAACACCCGUCUCUCUCUCUCUUUUUCCCCACCUUUGCUGUGCUUUCCAAAUUCAUCUAACUCAGUAGUAUUUUGCCAUAAGUGCAUUUUCUAAGUCUGUAUUGUACAUUGAAGGUUAUAUUUUUGCAAAUCUCUUUUUCAAUGAUUAAAAUGUCUGUUUUAUCGGAUGUCACCGCAAGUAAUCAAACAGAAAGAACAGCUUGUAUAAUUUUAAGUUAUAUAACAAGUUUUAAAUUAUGGAUAAUGUUUGCAAUUAAAUCCCUAAAAUGGUGUUUGUGAUUGACAGGGUGUCACGUUAAUUAUCAAUAGGAUAAAAUAUAUGUGUGUGUGUCCACCAGUAUUACAUCACUGGAGAAUCUUUCCAAACCCAGCUUACUUGUCAUGACACCUAAAAUUCAAGGAAUAUUUAUGCUGUCCUUAUAACCUGAAACUUAUAUUGAUAUCAACCGUUCAGUACCAAAGGAAUAAAAAAUAUUUUUCAACGCCUUUGCCUAGAUUUCCUUAAAAAUAUACAUGACACUCCCAUAGAGAGGGAUACCUUGAUACUGUAAAGGAGACAAACCAAAGCAUCAAGUUUGAAAUGUCAUUUUAAGACUGUGGUGUGAUUGGAUGUGAUUGCUUUCUGCUGCGAGUGGGGUGGUCGACUGAAUUAUAUCAGAAAAGGAAAAUGAACAAACAUGAGCGUGCAUCUGAAGUAAUCAUGAAGUAUGUUUCAAUUCUGUCUUUGUAUCUAUGCUUAAAACAAAUGGUAAGAUAAAAGUAUCUUCAACUCAAACUCUUAUUCCUGAUGACUUUUUUGAGUCUAUGCCAUUUUCGUGUUGCUGGUCACUGACUGAAUAGAUAUUAUUACUUACUUUUCUUCA